AUGUUCCGAGUCAACGACUUCAUAUACGAGGUCGAUAAAAAAAACAACGGGAAAUUCUUUUGCCGGUGUAUCAAGAGAAAAACCGAGGACUGCUCGGCUCGGGUAGUAGUGGUUAAGGACCCCGCGCCGAAAGUCGUGAAAUUGACGGGCACGCACACCCACGGAGUUGAAGUGAAGGAGAUCAUCAGGAGGACUGCUAAAGACCACAUGAAAAGGCUCAUUCUUUCGAGGCCAGACAGGUCGUAUAAAGAUAUCUACGACGAGGUGAUGGCCAGCGUCGCGAGGGAGUUCGAACCGAUUUACGAUUCUCAAAUGAUCGAUGCGGCCCUUCCGAGCUUCAGCGGUGUUCGCAGCGCUCUUCAUCCUCGGAAUUGCCUUGGCGUACUCCGAUGCGCUCGCUGCGGAUUCUCGGCGGUGGAUCAGUCGGUUCUGGAAACGCACGUGAACCUUAAGGAGUGUUCUAAAUCUGCCACGCAACGCGAAACGCCCCUGAAGUUGGGCCCCAACUGGCGGCAGUGGCCGAAGUCAGGCUUGGAUAGCAACGAGAACGAAACAACAAACGCUUGCGAGUCCGGUGGCCCACACAGCUGUAAUGAAUGCACAAAAUCGUUUAAAACUCUCAUCGCUCUACAGAACCACAGGGACGAUGAUCACUCCGGAGUCGUAUUCUGCCCCGCGUGCGGUCAUCCCCUGAUGUCCAUGAGGCUCCUCAAGCUCCAUUCGUUGACCCAUGCGGCUCAAGACCCGAACGAGAAACCUCUCGAUUGUGUGAUAUGCGGAAAACAUUUCGACCUGCGCUCCAACCUCAUUCUGCACAGACGUCGACUCAUCCGCUCCCAGGGAGCUUUCACAUUGUAUUACUGCCACGUACGAAGAUGUAAUGAAAGAUUCACUCAAGAAAUCGAUCUCAUAGCGCACACAAAAAGCUCUCACUCGCUCGAAUCGUGCGAGCUAAAAGCCUGA